AAUAUCUGCUAACCACAAAGCCUGUGAAAGUGCGAUUUAGGCCCAAAGCGCCCCGUUGGAGACUGGCCUUGCCUAGAGUCGGGAUCGCGAGCAGUCCCCGGUUUUAUAGAAAAAUGUCAUCAUACCCCAUCCAGGAAACCCCCAGAGAACCCCUUCCCGUCCCUGAGCGCAGUGAACACCUUAGCUACCACCGGGGGGUUAUGGCGUCCCAGCUCCGGACAACCUGCGCGUCACGGAAACAUGCUGCCAAAGGCCAUCCAAACUUUUAGCGCUCGGCUCGCUGACCUCUAUCCCCAUAGCAAUAUCCAUGCUAGCCAUGUCGGCCAGCAACGGAAACCGAGAGCGCGCCGAGAAUCGGGCGUGGUCAUCACGCCGUUCUCACAGUAAAAUUAGGCGCCUCUCGUCCCAGACGUCCCCAUAAUUACUAUGCUAUAGAACACAUGUAAUCAUACCAAACAUGGGACUCUUCUCUUGUUUCAACGUGGCGUCGUCCAGCGACCAGCGGUCCAGGGCUGGCGAGCAGGCUUUCCCAUUGCAGCCGCCCUCAGCUGGCCCAACUGUGGUUGAGGCAUGCGAGAAAUCAAACUCUAAGGCGGCUGAGCGCGCUGCCAACGCUCUGGUCGGAAUCCUUCCAAUGCUGGGCUCAUUAUCGUCUAGUGCUGCGGAGAUGGGAUUUGCAUCAAGCCUGAAGUCCGGCACGGAAUUGCUAGUGUCAGCCUUCGAUUGCCAGCAAGCCAGUGUAUACUUGCUGAACGAGGGCCAGCAGGCAUAUUUGAUCGCGUCCAGCGGCGUGGACAUGGAGUUUCGCGACGGCACAUACCUGCCCUCCCCAGUAGUCGGCGAUGUCGCUGAUGCACUCAUCGCAGCACAACAGGAGACGCCUGAGUGCAUGGUCCACUACGCUACACUGCCCGAGGGCACUGCGGCUGAAUCCGACCUUCCGGAGGAGUGGCAGCUACUGUCGGAGCGGCACGGCUGCCGCCACUUCGCAGCAGUGGGAAUCAGCGCCUCGGGCCACAUGCUGGGCGUGCUAUCGCUCGCUGCCAAAGGCCCUUCUCGCCCCAUCACGUGGAACCAGGGCGCGCUGUACGCUGUGGCCGCAUUGCUGGCGGUGCAGGUCAAGCAGGCUGCCAUUCUGGCCAACGCUCUGCCCGCGCUACACGCCGCCAAUACCAUUAGUCAGGUUGUGCAAGCUCUGGGCGUGGCGGCGGCGGAGACGGCCGGGGCGGCGGCCCACACGCAGGGCGUGGUGCGCGUGGCGUUUGUGAACGUGUCGGAGCUGGACGGCGACGCAGCUGCCGUGUUCCCCAUCGAAGUCAGCAAUGGACUUAACACGGGCGGUGACCGGCCCUUGUCGACGGCACACAACACAUUGAUGUCGCUGCGCGUCCGUCGCGCCUCCUGCGACCUGAUCAUGUCGCCGGACCGGUCGAUGGUGUCAGCCGCCGUGGCGGCGGCGCGGCUGGGGCCCAACCUGGACGAUGUUUCGAACAACGGCCGUUACAAGAACUCGACCGACGGCUCUCGGCCAUCCAGCCUCGGCUUUGCAGGUCUGUCUGCGAACUCCCAGACCGGCGCACGUCGCAUUGCGUCGUUUGUGGGCAUUGACAAGGGCGUGGCCACCUGCCAGGGCCACACGCUGGCUCUGGCCGGCACGCUGCUGUCAGAGGCCCUGUCCAAGGGCGCAGCGGGGCUGUGUGUGGACGACUGCGCGGCGCACGUGCAGGACACCAAGUCCUACCCGCGUGACCUGGUGCUGUCACGCCACGCGCUCAUGCCGCUGUCGCUCGCGCUCGCCACCUCCAGCAGCUCCGUAGCGACCAGCGGCGAGACCAGCGGCGCCUACAGCAGUGCCACAUCCGGCGGCGUGGGCAAGGGCGGCAGCGGCGGCGGCUUGACGAACAACCCUUCGGUGUCGAGCGGCGGCGGCGCCGGCCAGGGCUCGCUGACGGGGCAGGGGCAGGCGAUGGCUGCCGGGGCGCGUAAGCCGCUCAUCGCGCUCUACGCCACCUUUGGACAGACGCUGCCUCGCGGGCUGCUGCAGGCGGUGGUGCGGAACCUGCGCGAGCUACUGCUGGUGGUCGCGCCCAUCGUCAUGGUCAAGGCCAAUGGCCCCCUCGCGGCGGAGUGGGAGUGCCUCAACACUGAGCUUCGGAACGUGAACCUGCGCAAGAAGGGCGGCGACAGCUGCGGGCAGCACGUCGCCGUCGUCUGCCCCGACGACGUCCUUGUGGCUGAGGGCGAGGAGGAGGACGGCGCCGCCUACAACGAGCAGCUCGACGUGGACGCUGACGGCGCCGCCCACAACCCCAACGUUCGCGCUGACAUAACCGGCGCGGCCGCAGUGGUCGGCUACGCAAGGGGCGGCGGACCCGGCAGCGCCGCUGCCGAUACUGGCGGGGGUGGCGGCCAGCAGGGCGUCGGCUUGUCGCCCUUUGUCGCAACGGCGACGCCCGGGCUCGCUGUCGGCGCUGCUCGCGGCGGCGGCGCGCUCAGCGCGGCAGCGGCGCGGUUUGCCCGGCUUUCCGUGGGCGAGGCGCUCGGCAGCGCCGCCGCCGCCGGCAGCGCUGGCACUCGCUCGCCGCGCGCCAACACUUUGAAGCGCUUGUUCGGACUCAACAACUCGGGUUCGAUGCAGCCCGGCGACAGCGUCCUGCCAAGCGCCGGCUCGGAGGGCGCUGCGCUGGACGGCGGCCGGCUCGGCGGCGGCGCAGGCGUCGUCUCGGGACUGGUGCAGGCGGGAAGCAGUGGUGUGGAGGAUGGAAGCGGUGGUGUGAACAGUGGCGGCGGCGGUGCCAAGGUGGCGGUGCGCAACAGGCGGCUGUCGUGUCUGAUGCGGACGCGGAGCCUGUCAUUUCGCCUGGUGGCGGCGCAAAGCCCUCGUGGAGCAUCGAAGCUGGCGCCCAUCAUCUCCAUCAUGCAUGAGCGGCUCAAGGCGGCGCAGGCGGUGCAGAUCACGAACGGCCGCUCCGUCAACCGCCAGUCUGACCUGGAGUCGCUCAAGCUGCUGCAGGAGGUCGGCAAGGGAGGUUACGGAACGGUCUACAGGGCCACGUACCACGGGUCGGAGGUGGCUGUCAAGGUCAUCCACGAGGCAACCAUCCACGCCGCCGCGGCCGCCAAGAGCGGCAAACCCGGCUCCACAGCCAGCGAGGCCGCUGUGGCGCUGCACAAGCAGAACCUGCACGAUGCCAUCGAGCUGGUGGCCUCGGUGUCCAUCAGCCACCCCAACAUCGUGCAGGUGCUCACGUUCUUCAUGGACUGCCGGCUGCACGUGCCCUCGAUGCAACACGGCGACGGCAAUGAGCUGGACAGCCUGAUGGACACGGCCGACACGGACCCCGCCGCCAUGCCGCGGCUGAUGCACAUGCCCUCGCUGCUCGAGUCGCCCGCGCCGGGGCAGGAGGUGUCGGGUGCGUCAUCGAUGGCGCUGGUGAUGGAGUACUGCGACGCGGGCAGCCUGUGCGAGGCCAUCAUGGACCGCGUCUUCUUUCGCCAGCUCAAGCCCACGGAUCCGGAUGACGCCCGCCGUGGCAAGCCGGUUCUGGCCAUCUGCCUGCGGUCGGUGUACGCAACGCUUCUGGAGGUGGCGCUGGCGCUGCGGCACAUGCACUCGCUGCACCUGGUGCACUGCGACCUCAAGCCGCAGAACGUGCUGCUCAAGUCCAACCCGCGCGACUCCCGCGGCUUCACAGCCAAGCUGUCCGAUUUCGGUCUGGCCAAGACCAUGGCGCACGACGACAACGGACAGCUGGUGAUUGACGAAGCUGUGGCCAGCGGCACAAUCACACACGUGGCGCCGGAGGUGUUCCUAGGCAAGCAGUCGGUGGGCGCGGCUGUGGACAUCUACGCGUUUGGUGUGCUGAUGCACCAGGUGCUUUGCGGCGUCAGGCUGUACGAGGGCUUGACGGCGCAACAGAUCGCAAACGCGGUCGCGCACGACGGCAUGCGGCCCCGGCUGCCGUCGUGGGUGCCCUCCAACUACCGCGCGCUCGCCGAGCGCUGCUGGCACGCGCUGCCCGGCGCCCGGCCCACUGCCGACGAGCUGGUGCGACAGCUGGAGCGCCUGGGCGCGGGGGGGAAUUCCUCAACCUCUACAUCGUCGCAUGCUAACCAGCGGCCGAGGUCCGGCUACAGCCAAUAUGCGGCAUAAAGACCCUGGCAGCUUUUAAUACUGUACGCAUGUGUACGGGCCCCGGAGAAUAAUCAGCAGAGAUUGGAAUUUAAUAAGCCGGCCUGGAAGCAGCAAGCAAGGAUUGUUCUUUUGUUAUUUAGGGCGGUCACCGCACUGCUGUCCAUUGUCCUGGCGCUAAACGGGAGUACUGAUGACCACACACUUCAUCCGACAAUAUUCUGCUGAGGGAUUCUGGUUCCUGUCAUGGAACCCAGGGGGUGCAUAGAUGUCAAACAGCGCUUGGGAUGGAACACGGCACACGAUGGCUGCAUCGUAAAUUUGGGGGUAAUGUUACUUGCCAUCUUCGUUGGUUGGUUGCGGGAGGGCUGGAGGUGCUCGCAAUCCUUGCCCAUGUGUAUCGUACGGUGUUGCAUGCUUGGAGCGCAUGCGGACGCAAGGCGUACCACACGGCGGGAUGUUGCCAUUAGAACUGAGGAUUUUGCAGUCAGCAGUGGCACUUGAUUACAACAUGGCAGUGUUUGUUUGAUAUGGUGCUCUGUUCACAGCUGCCGCCAAAGGUGCGGGCGUGUGAAGCUUGGUGGCUAUUUCAUGGGCAUGCCUGCUUUGUGCUAGUACUGGGGACUAACCGUACAUCCCGGGAGGAUAAGUUCUUUGCGCUUCUUCAUAAGGUGUGCGUGCUCAAGCACUUCUGAGUGUGCGUGCGAGUGAAUUUCGGUGUCUUUUAUGCACGCAGGCGCUCAUCCAAUAGCGGCUGGAGAUGUUACCGAGGGGUGAUUAGCUUCCAUCCAUGCACACAUGCACGAAACACAAUGUGCAAGCAUGCAUGGAAGUACACGGGUUGGGAAGUAGGAUCAAUGGGUGGGCAGGCCACAACGUAAUGUAUGUAGCAAGGGGCUUGAGGAUAAGGGUAAACUUGACCUCGUGGUGAGGCUUGUUCUUGGUGUGCUGAUACGGGUGUAGGUUGUCCUGCGGAACCUGUUUUGUUUGGCUGCAACGUGUGAUUGCUUGGCUAAGCGCCCAGUCGCUGCCCGAAUCAUCAGAAGGCAAGCUGUCCACUGCAAUACGUUGGAGCUUCAACAGCAGUGUUGCGCAUCGAGGCACGCAUUAUACUAUUCUUCUUAUAUGAGGACGGAUGAUACCUGGACUGCAACGUGCGUGAGGCGUUCGUGAACGAAUGUAUUCCAUUUGCAGCUCCGCGGGGAACUGACUACGGCGCUUCUGGCCACCCCCGGAGCCUGGUACCCUAGGUGUUCAUGUGUGGAGGCAGGUGAACGGUAGGGGUCACACGUUCGGAGGCAGGUGGAUGGUAGGGGUCGCGUCACACGUUCGCGACCCCCACGGCGUCAGGUGGUAAGGGCAUAGGGCCAUCAGCCGGCCACCAGCUCCGUGUGACUAACCCAGGUAUCACACUACUGCCUGAUUGAAGGGGUCGCGUGACAGAGGCUGUCGCGAGGCUAGCGUUUCCUUCAGGCGGCGGUGCUGAUGGGGCUGAAUGCGUGAUCUCAAUCAAGCCACGUAGUACCGUGCGUGACGUGUGCACUACCGUAUGUAUACGGACCUGGAUCUGCGCACUGACCGUACCACGAGCGGCUCGGCGGUACACCGGUCUGGUUGUCGCUGUUCUUGGUGUAGACCAAACACAUUAUUGCUUCGUGCGGGAACGCGGCGAGUGCGAUAGGGCCUCGGAUGCCCCCCGUCGGCUGGACAAGGACAGUCCGCUGGCGAGGAUGGGCUGUAGCCGAACGUGUCGUCACCUAAUUGCCAAUCCAGACUUCUGCCUUUAUUAAUCCAGAAUUCCAGAUUUGCCAGGCAAAGCGCCACGGACGGCACUGCGCACGCCUGCGCUGGGGACUUGCCGCGCGUUAACAGGGCGUAUUGAGCGACUGUGUGCUUGACUGUGUGGAUGUGCGAUGGGACAGGGUUUAGGCAGGUGGGCGAGGUCCCGUAGGGUGCAGCUGACGCCCAUACCCCAAGCAGACAGCAAACAAUUGGCAGCGGCAGAGCAGAAGUGCAUGGCUGGUCGAACGCCAGAGUUACUGUACCGACAAGUUGCUGGCUGGCUGGAAAUUUGCUGAUGCGUAUUCCCCACGCUCGACUGUGGGGAACUGGGGAUGUGUAAUGUAAGCGGGCAUUGCC